AUGCCGCACCAUACGCCUCCUGCCACCUGCCUCAGCAACAGACCACAUGACAACCGUGUCUCAGAUGCCGCGGUUCAUUUCAAUGGCUGUCUACCUACCUCGAGGCUGGGGCGCUUCUACGAAAGCCUCAGCCCAGAAAGUCAACAGCGAAUCGUGCGAAUCAACGAAAAGAUCGCUAGCCUUCGAGACCGUCUCGAGACAACCGAACGUGAUUCUACAGCUGGUGCUCGGCUCAGAGACUGCAAACGGGCAAUGGCUCAAUGGCGCGCUGCCACUGGUCGCCCGUCCCCGUCCUAUACCGCAACCUCCAAACCUGGCCCAGCUUCACGAUCAGAAACCCCAGGAACCCCGGCGUUUGGUGGCGCCAACCAUCCGGCCGACAUACAUACUAAAGCCUCUGUGAUGAGCUUCAAGAAUGGGCAACCAUGUGAUGUUCCUGGACUCGCAAAAACCUUCCCGAACCAGAAGAUUUCUAUGGCCGACUUGCUAUGCGAAGACGAGACCAGGAAUCCUAUCAUGAAGCCGGCCCAGGACGGCGCUGUCCGCUACUUUCACCUUCCCGCCAACAAUAUGGCUUGGGUAGAAGAGGUAAUUGCGCGAUACUAUCAUGAGAAGCGGCCGGAAGCAGGCGGCCUUUUUCACCAGUACGGAUCAAGGGGCCCCGAAUCAAAGACCGAGAGGGUCCUUCAACCCGGAUACUGGCGGGGCCAGCAGAACUUUGACGCUGAUUCGGAAGUCCACGCCCGACACAUGCGGCCUUUCUGCUCUGGAAUCUCGGUGGACUCAGUCAGCUCCGAGCCAAACCCCAGAAACAUGGUGUUAUUCAUGCCGUAUCUCCACUGGGAAACAGACCGGGGCCGGGUACGGUCUGCGGAGAUCACCAAAGAAGCCGGCAAACACAACUUGAGCUCCAUCGCUGAUGUGAUCAAGGAGGCUAAGCAUCAGUUAUCUCACACAGAGGCGGGAGACACUGUUGCUCCACCAACAUGGGCACCGCAACCUUCGCCUCCUGCAUUUGGAAACGUCGACAAGAGGAUGACCCUUGGCCAGGCCCUCCGUGCCGCUGCAGCAUUGCUCGAGGCCAUGGACUCGCAUAUGGAGGAGCAGCUCACAAUGCGGUAUUUAUACGCCGAACCCCCUAUGCACCCCAGAAGGACACUUGAUCAGGCCUAUUAUGGCGCUCUGAGGAGUACUGGUACCAGAGACAGGGAUCAGGUAGUGUACAGAGGGACCACCCCCCAGCCACAUGAUUGUAUCGGAAUGGAUGCUUGCCCGCAGUGCAACGAAGACAUCCGAAAGACGCCACGCCUCCUUAUGGUAGAUCAAUUGUGGUUGUGGAUACUUGAUGAGAACACUGUUGUCACUAGUUUCCCACGUCGUUGGAGCAGAAACCGGCCCGAUCCCUCGGCUAUCCACAAGAGCUUACGCAUGCGCCUCCGAAAUGCACGCCACGGCGAGAUAUCAUCCGCGUAUGACCUUGCUCUCGUCAUCGUAGAUGAAACCUCUCGCGUCUUCUUCGACAGAACCAAGACCAAUACAAAACAGCCCAACCUCGUCGAACUCUUCAACGCCGCCAUCCGAGAUCUAACGUACAAGCAGACGGCGGCAUUCGACCAAUUCCUCAUCUACACGCACCUCGCCUCCCGUGACUACAAACGCCAACGCCAUGUCACGACCGAUAACUCGUCACAGAACCACUUGCUCAACAUCAAUCCGGAGGGUGAGCUGCUCAAGGAGGUCAAGGAUAUCAUGGAUGAGAUCCACAUCAUGAUGCGAAUCAAGGAACAACAACAGAGCGUCAUGGAGAGUUUCGUCAAGCAUAUCCGGCGGGUUCUCACACCCCUUGCCCGCUCACAUCGCCCCACGGCGCCUACUGGCCUCGUCCCAUGGGAUGUCACGCGCGGUCCAACACUCGAGCCCAACAGUCCAUACGCUGACGAGGUUGCCCACUUCCGCGAGGAAGAUCAACGCCAAAAUGCCAAGCGAACCCUCACCAAAGCCGACAUGCUCCUGCAAGACGUGGAUGAACGCAUCGCCGAGCUCCGGGCCCUCCUCCAAAACGCCCGAAACACUUCGGUUGCACUCAAAGACCUCCUCACCCUCAAACAACAACAAGCCGGCGUGAUCGAAGCGCGCGAGGCCGUCAAGCAAGCCCAACUGACGCUCAAGCAAGGCCAGUCCAUCAUGAUCUUCACCAUCGUAACCAUCAUUUUCCUUCCCCUUUCCUUCUGCGCCUCGCUGUUCGGCAUGAGCGCGACCGAGUUCAGCACCGACGCCAUCCUGCCGCUCGCCACCGAGCUGCGCCUCAUGUUCCCCAUCUCGGCGGGCAUCAUCCUGGCGUCGUUCCUGUUUGCUUUUUCGAGCAGCGUGUUUGCGAAUAGUGCGGUGGUGUUGGCGCGGAGUGCGGUGAGCUUUGUGUGGAAUACCGCUGUGACGUGGGUGGUGGUCAAGACGGGCUUGUAUGUGGUUGGGAGGGAGAUGUUGGUCAAGGCGAAUCGUUUGCGGGAGAGGGAGGGGACGGUGACCGGGGCGAUGAAGGCUGAGGUGUUGAGGAGGGAGAAGAAUAUGGAGAGGAUGCGGGCUGCGGGGCAUGUGAGGGCGCUGGCGAGGCAGAAGGGGGGUGCUGGUGGUGCGGCGAGAGGGGGGAGGAUGAGUGGUGAUGGGGAGGGUGGUGAGCCGGUGAUGAGUCCAUUUUGUGAGGGAAUUCCGGGGAGUCCGAGUCCGUUUUUGGGUGGUUUGGGAGAGGGUGUGGUGGAUGUUGAGUUGGGGGAGAGGGUGUCCCGGAAGCCGAGUUCUCAAGUCCAUCUUGUUUCAGGGAGGUGA